CACCUGAAUAAUUCAAUUUCAUCACCACUUUUACACUAUAAAUAGCACCUCUGCUUCCCACAUUUCUCAUCACAUUCAAAGCAAAUACUUCAUUGCUUUUCCAUCUAUUUCUCUUACUUUCAAGCUUAAAAACCAUAACCAUGGUUGCCAUCACUUAUGAUAUGGAGGUUACUUCCUCACUCCCAGCUGCAAAGAUGUUCAAAGCCAUGGUUCUCGACGCCGACACUCUCAUUCCCAAGAUCAUGCCUCAGGCCAUCAAGAACGUGGAGAUCGUGGAAGGAGAUGGUGGCGUUGGCACCGUGAAGAUCAUUCAUUUUGGUGAAGGGAGUCAGUAUAAGAGCGCUAAGCACCGCGUGGAGGCCAUUGACAAGGAGAACUUGACACACACCUACAGCAUCAUUGAGGGCGACGCUCUUGCAGGUGUCCUCGAAUCCAUUACUUAUCAUAUCAAGAUCAUCCCAACGGAAGAUAGAGGAUGCAUCUGCAAGAACAGAAGCAUUUACAACACCAAAGGCGAGGUCGAGAUUAAUGAGGAGAAGAUAAAGGAAGGGAAAGAGAAGGCAAUGGCUAUGUUCAAGGCCAUUGAGGCAUAUGUUCAAGCCAAUCCUGACUACUAGAACCAUUCUCAAUAAUCAUCUCUGUUUUCUGUUCAAUUAUUGUAAUAGAAUAACAAGUCUCAGUGCUGGUUUUCUGAGUGAAUGUAUUGAAUUUGAAUUACAAGUUUGCAUUUGAUGUUAUGUAAUGUUUUUUAUAUUGUCUUA